UUGAGUACAACUUUAAUAGUUCAAAGAAUAUUCAUAUUUAAAAAAAAUUAAAAAUUAAUUUCGACUAAUAGACAUGUUCGUUAUGAAUAAAAGUUUCUGUUUAAUUUUUGCUUAUUGUUAUUUAACAAAUAAUUUUUUUUGUAGAGCAACUAUGUCUAGGGUUGAAACUAAAUACGAUGAAAUAGAGAACUUUUUUUCUGAACUGGGAAAAAAUGUAAUGGAUUGUCUCUCUGAUAUGUGUAACGAAAUUGCAUCUGAAACUACAAGUGUAAAAAUUGAGAAUAAAAUGGAUGAAAUAGAGAAACUAUUGAAGAAUAAUAUUAAUGUAGAUGAUAUAACAGGGAAAUUUAAGAAUAAUGUAUUAGCAACAAAUCAAAAAAUAAUUGAUAGAUUUAAUGACAAUUAUGUUAAGUUUAAUAAUAAGAUUAUGGAGAAUUUUAAGAAUGUUUUGUUUCAAAUGGAAUCAGUACCAGUUGAUGAUGAUUCAAUCAGUCAACAAAUAUAUAAAGGAUAUUACUCGAAGUCAAAUUAUACCUCGAACAUUAAAAACAUGAACAAGGCAUUAAACUCAAGAUUCGAAACGAUUUUAAAAGAUUUUAAGUUUAAAAUGAAUACUGUGAAACAAAAUUUAUCGAUGUAGAACAUUCAAGAAAUCUUAAAAGAAGUAAAAUAAUUAACUUUGUUGGUGAAUAUUAGAAUAUUUCAUAUAUCUAAAGCAAUAUAUCAUUAAUAUGCAAAAAUAAUUCCAAUAAUUGUGUUUUCAAAUGUUAGAUUUUAAACAGAUUACAAUAAUUAUCUUUUAAGAUUUAUUUUUUUAUAUUCAGACACCUAAUGUAAAAAAAAUAAUUUAAAAA